AUGGCUAACACUGAUGCUCACGCUAAAGCUUUGGCUGUUGUAUCGUCCACACUGAAUCACUGGUCAAAGUCAUACAUGGAUAAAGAGUCAGUAAUACCACAAUGGAAGUACUAUACCGAGGUGACGAAGCAUGACAGUAAUCCAGAGAUAUUAGCCGUUUGGUCUCUUCCUACUGCUAAAGAACCUAUUCCAAGGGCCUUUGCACGUGUUUGGUUCCAAUACAGUCAACAAGCAACACCACCAACUCUAUCCUACCGUUUCGAAAUGCAGUCUCUGAUUCACCUUAUCCCGCUCGCCACCCCCUCAUCGAUCGAAACACGCAACAUAGACGCAGCAGCCAAACAUUUAGGCAAUCCAGCAAAGUCCAUCCCUCAAAUUCUGAAAUCCAAAGAACGUGUAGCAUCAUCAAUACAGGAUGGUAAACUCAUGAAGAGCAUAUCACAACCAGCUACUCCAACUGCUCAAGAAAUACUAGAAGGGUGGUUGCAAGCUGCAAAGAAGGAGGACGCUGUAGUCGAAACUGGAUCCAACUUGACAUAUGACAGAAUCUUUUACCGUAAUGGAGACGCUACGAAACCUGCUUGUGGUCCAUUCAGUGAUAUGAUUAUUCCGGCAAGAGUGGAAGCAGAGUGUUGGAAGUCUCUAGGUGCCAAGUUUGUUGAAUCGAAUACCAUACCGACCAAACCUGUAGCAGCUAAAGAAGCCGCAACUGAAGAAGAUGUAGCUGCUUCAAAGAUACAACGAAUGUGGAGAAGUCGACAAAGUUCGCACCAGCCUCAAAUGCGAUCUGACGAUGAAGCUGCACCAGAGGAACAAGAAGAACAAGAAGUGGAAGCUAAUAACGACACCGUUGAACCAGAACUGGAGGAAGCAGACGAAACCCCAGAUGCUGAGCCUGAAGCUGAUCAAGAAGAAGCACUUGAAUAUGAACAAGAGGACGCUGAAGAAUCCCAAGAACCUGAACCUGCCGAUGAUGAGGACUACGAAGAGCCUACGCCUGAUACGGGUCUUGCAGAGGAGGAAGAAGCUACAGUGGAAGCGACAGAAUGA